CUUAAUAUGAUCUAUUAAAUGGCGGCUGAGAACCUGGGGUUACCGCCGGAAAGCCACGUGUAUCCCAACGCUUCGUUCGCGCGAUUCCUUUUCCCUGACUGAGACGCUGCGGCACCAUAGUCCCGCGUCUGAGGUCCCGGCGCGCCUCGCGCUGCUCUGGGCGGGAAAAGAGACUCCGACUGCGGGUCCCCAGGCCCCCAGUGGCGUCCUGGCGGAUGACGGUUGAAGGAAAGCGCAUGCGUGGAAGGCAGAGCGCGAGGCGCCUCCUGCUGGUCUUCUGGUCGCCGGCGCCCGCCGGUCAGAUGUUCCGUAAUAUAUACUAGUUGAAUUAAAGAAAAUACUUUUAUCAGAAGAAGAUGGCCACAGCACAGUUACAGAGGACUUCCAUGAGUGCAUUGGUAUUUCCUAAUAAGAUAUCGACUGAGCAACAGUCUUUGGUGUUAGUGAAGAGGCUCCUCGCAGUUUCCGUGUCCUGCAUCACGUAUUUGAGAGGAAUAUUUCCAGAAUGUGCUUAUGGAACAAGAUAUCUAGAUGAUCUUUGUGUCAAAAUUCUGAAAGAAGAUAAAAAUUGUCCAGGAUCUACACAGUUAGUGAAGUGGAUGCUAGGAUGCUAUGAUGCUUUACAGAAAAAAUAUCUAAGGAUGAUUGUUCUAGCUGUAUACACCAAUCCAGAAGAGCCUCAGACAAUUUCAGAAUGUUAUCAAUUCAAAUUCAAAUACACCAAUAAUGGACCAGUCAUGGACUUCACAAGCAAAAACCAGAGCAACGAAUCUAGCUUGUCAUCUGGUGACACCAAGAAAGCAAGUAUUCUCCUCAUUCGCAAGAUUUAUAUUCUAAUGCAAAAUCUGGGACCUUUACCUAAUGAUGUUUGUUUGACCAUGAAACUUUUUUACUACGAUGAAGUCACACCCCCAGAUUAUCAGCCUCCUGGUUUUAAGGAUGGUGACUGUGAAGGAGUAAUAUUUGAAGGGGAGCCUAUGUACUUAAAUGUGGGAGAAGUCCCAACACCUUUUCAUACCUUCAAAGUAAAAGUGACCACUGAAAAGGAACGAAUGGAAAAUAUUGACUCAGCUAUACUAUCACCAAAACACUUAAAAACACCACUUCAAAAAAUCCUGAUGGACAAAGAUGAUAUGCCAGAUGAACAAAAGCAUUAUGAUGAUUUUGACAUUGAAACUAAAAUGGAAGAUCGGAAGAAAAACCCUGGAUCUUCUGAAUUUGGAGAACCAAGUUCAUUUUGUGAGGAAGAUGAAAUUAUAAGGCCUAAGGAAAGUCCAGAUCUUUCCAUUUCUCAUUCUCAGGUUGAGCAGUUAGUCAGUAAAACAUCUGAACUUGAUAUGUCUGAAAGCAAAACAAGAAGUGGAAAAAUCUUUCAGAAUAAAAUGGCAAAUGGAAAUCAACCAAUAAAAUCUUCUAAAGAAAAACGGAAGAGAAGCCACCAUGAAUCUGGGAAAACGGUCCUCCAUCACUUCGAUUCUUCUAGUCAAGAGUCUAUACCAAAAAGGAGAAGGUUCAGCGAACCAAAGGAACAUAUAUGAAAUUAUUUUUUCUUCUAAACAUUUGCAAAGUUCUUCUCAACAUUUAAAUUAAAGGACACUAUAUUUCUAUUUUAAGGUGUGUUUUCCCUAACUUUGAAAAUAUAUAUGUAGUUUUGUUUAUUUUUUAAUAUAUAUGUAGUUUUAAGUAGUUCAUACACUAAAAUGAAGUUCUUAGCUGACUACCAUAUUGUGGUUCUUAAUUUUAUUUGGGAUGAUUUGACUAAAACUAAAAGUAUAAAUGUCAUGAUUCUGUCAAUAUUGAUCUAUCUUCCACUUUGGUGGACACUUCUUUUAAAUAUGUAUUAACUUUUAAGGCUUUCUAAAGCCACUUUUGAAAUAAUGUUUACUUUGGCAUUAAAGUUUGGUAGGGAUUCACUUUUUACUUAUGUUAAAACUAGACCAUUUAACUGGGUGUUUUGUCAUUGUGUUGUUAUUAAAACAAUGUUCUUUGAUACUUUGUUAUGUUAUUAACGUGAUAGCAUAUAAUGAAUAGUUUGAAAAUUGGUGCUUUCCCUUUUUUUCCUU